UUUUCCCUCUCCAAGAAAGAUGUCCUUUCAGCUGCUCAGGAACUUCACUGCAUCCUCUCACGUAUCGUUCAUCUCCCCCAAAAUCAUCAAAAUGCCGAUUACCAGAUUAUCGUCGCCCAAGAGGGAGCUAAACGCAUCUGUUGAAUCGAGAAGUCCAGGUACCGAAAGUGUCAGUGAUGAUUGCGCGGGGAAGCUUCGCGUCUUUGUUCGGAAGAAAAGGUCCCAAGGAGCCGUUAAAGAGGUUAAGGUUGACGUUGUUGAUCAGAAGCAGCCUUACAACCUCCCUGAAAUUGAAGAUUUUGCAUAUGGAAAGGUCAACAAUUGUAUGCACACAACACAAGUACAACUACCUCUAAACUGGGAAAAGGUACUUGAAGGGAUACGCAAUAUGAGGUCUUCUGAGGAUGCUCCCGUUGAUUCAAUGGGGUGCGAAAAAGCCGGUUCUUCCCUUCCUCCUAAGGAAAGAAGGUUUGCAGUUUUGAUAUCAUCACUUUUGUCAAGCCAGACUAAAGAUAAUGUUACUCACGGAGCUAUUACACGCCUACUUCAAAGCAAUCUGCUUACAGCUGAAGCCAUUAAUGAUGCAGACGAAGAUACAAUCAAGGGCUUAAUUUAUCCAGUGGGAUUUUAUUCCAGAAAGGCAACCAACAUGAAAAAAAUCGCAAAGAUUUGUCUCUCAAAGUAUGAUGGAGACAUUCCAACAACAUUGGAGGAGUUGCUCCAGCUUCCAGGAAUCGGCCCUAAAAUGGCUCAUUUGGUUAUGAACGUCGGAUGGGAUAAUGUUCAGGGAAUUUGCGUCGACACUCACGUUCACCGUAUUUGCAAUCGUCUUGGAUGGGUUUCUCGUCCCGGCACUAAACAGAAAACAUCGACUCCUGAGCAGACUCGAGAAUCCUUGCAGCUGUGGCUUCCAAAGGAUGAAUGGGUUCCCAUCAAUCCUCUCUUGGUUGGGUUCGGGCAAACUAUUUGCACUCCACUAAGACCUCAUUGCGAUGUAUGUACAAUAAAGAACCUUUGUCCUUCGGCAUUUAAGGAGACACAGAGGACGUCACCAAAACCUAAAAGGAAGCGUAAGUAGCACAAUUAUCGUAAUUGUGUAGUUUUGGAUAUGAUGAUUUGUGUGAUAUAUUCAUGAUCCCUCCCUACCUAGUUUGAUCAAUUAGAUGUAGGUAUUUUGGAAUAUAUAUACACAUAUACAUAUAUGGUAAAUGCUGCUGAAAAUAUUUGAGGGAUGGUGAUGAUUAUUGUUGCUUA